UGCUUGCAGGGCUACAGGCUGCAGACGUGUGCAGCGCAACCAAGAUGAUCCAGCACGUGCUUGCUGCAGUUGGCACCCUGUACACUGUGGCUUAUUCGGGGUAUUUUUUAACCCACUUGGCACGGCACCUCAUGUCUGGAUCCCAAGCAGCUCCUCCUCCUUCGGGCACAAAAGCAGCACCAGCACCUCCUGUGGCUCCCUCUGUUUCCAAAGAGGAGGCCAAAGAGGAGGGAGACAGCAGUGAGCUUUCUGCUGCUCUGGGGGACGAUGGUGACCUUCCCUCAGUGCCGGGAGAUGACAGUGAACUUCCCGCUGCUCUGGGAGACGAGGGCGAACAUCCCGCGGUGUGGGAAUACAACGGCGAGGCUCCCGCGGCGUGGGACAAGGACAGUGGACAUCUCCCGGCGUGGGACGAGGACGGUGGAUGUCCCCUGGUGUGGGACCAGAAUGGCCCAGCUCCCACGCUGGGGGAUGAGGACGGGGGACAUAUCCCAGUGUGGGAUGAGGACGGAGGACAUCUCCCAGUGUGGGAUGAGGACGGAGGACAUCCUGUGCCUUGGGAAGAGGAGCAUGAACCUCUCCCAGAAUGGGAAGUGGACAGUGAAUGUCCCCUGGCUUGGAAAGAAGAUGGCAAACCUGCACCGUUUUGGGAAGAGGAUGGAGAAGCUGCAGCCUUUUGGGAAGAGGAUGGAGAACCUCCCUCUGCUCGGGAAGAGGACACUGAACCUCCCUCCACUGUGGGAUCCUGGGCUGAACAUUCUGACAGCAGCGCAGCCCUGCAGGCAGAGGGGAGAGGGGAGUGGUGCCUGAUGCAGCUGAGGAACACUGUGAGCAAGGCGCAGCCUGCCCAGAAAUACCUGGAAGUGGAGCAGAUUGGCCAAGGGGCUUUUGGAGCCGUUUCUAAAGGACUCGACAGGGCCACUGGAGGAGAGGUGGCCAUCAAGAAAAUGAGUCUCACAGGGCAGAACAGGCAACGAGCUGUGAAGGAAAUCCUGCUCCUGAAGGACAAGAAGCACCCCAACAUUGUCAACUUUUUGGACAGCUUCCUUGUUGAUGGAGAUCUCUGGCUGGUCAUGGAAUACAUGGAUGGAGGAACUUUGCAGGACGUUGUCAGACAGACACGCAUGACUGAAGGAGAGAUGGCAGCUGUCAGUCAGGAGUGUCUGCAGGGCCUGGAUUUCCUCCAUUCCAAGCGGGUGAUCCACAGGGAUGUGAAGAGCUCCAACAUCCUUCUGGGAAUGGACGGCUCUGUCAGGCUGGCUGAUUUUGGCCUCUGUGCUCAGCUCAGCCCUGAGCAGGACCAGCGCAGCUCCAUGGUGGGCACUGCUCACUGGAUGGCCCCAGAGGUUGUGACCAGAUCUCCUUACGGCCCCAAAGUGGACAUCUGGUCCUUCGGUAUCGUGACCAUCGAGAUGGUGGAAGGAGAACAUCCUUACUUCAGGGAAACGGCGGCCAUGGCUCGCGCUCUGAUCCGGCAGAACGGGACCCCGCAGCUGCAGGAGCCCCGGCGCCUGUCGGCUCUGCUGCGGGACUUCCUCGAGUGCAGCCUGGAGCCGGACGAGAAGUGGCGCUGGGCUGCCCAGGAGCUGCUGCAGCACCCAUUUUUAGCAUCAGCCAAGCCUCUCUCCAGCCUGACCCCUCUGAUCACUGCAGCAAAGCAACUGAGGGAGCAGCGGAGAGGAAGAAGCACUUGAGGACAGCUUCUUGUUACAGCAGUUAGGACAACUAGUUAGUUUGGUAGUUAGCACUGCUAGUUGGUUAUGGUAGUUAGCACAGUGUGUUUGUUAUGGUUCUUAUGUUAGCCUGUUUGUUAUGGCAGUUGUUUGAAUAAAAACUCUCUUAAACCUCAA